AGCACUUUUCUCCCAACAAUAACGACUUCCUGUGUGUUUAUGCGUCCAUCAUCUCGUCAUUGUUUUUUAUCUGUGAUAAAUUCAUAACUCUGCGCACGCACGCAUGUGUGUGUGCGCGGUAUCUUUGUGCUCUUUUAUUUACUAUUUACAUUUUUACCUUAUUGGCGGGUGAUAGUCUGCAACAGCAAAAGGCUACGUACUAAAUUUUUUGUUUUUCGCUUUAUUUUUCUGAAACUUGCUUUUUUUCGUUGAUCCGUGUAGUAAAUGUCCGACGACAAGCCUGAAAGCCCAGCGACUCCAGAAACAAUCGACAAAACUACCAUCAGUACUGCAGACACCUCAGACAUCAUUUAUACAACGCCAGAUAGCUCUCCAACAGAACAAAUGCGUACGACAACCACAUCAGCCAAUAUGAGUGCCGAAGCCAUUGCGGCCACACCGGCAGUCAUAAACGGUAACUCUAAUUCAGCUACUGCUCAAAAGGUGAGCAGCGCCAGCGGCACGUCGAUGAGCCCCAGCCCGUCCCUAAUAACAACGGCAGUAGAGACGACAUCUGUUGAAGCAUGUGCCGAUUCUGUGCAGCCAAACAAAGCGGGCCACAGCCUGAGCCAGAUCUCGGCCGGUAAUGGCAUGCAGGUCGAUCACAAUGCCCAGUACCCAGUUGGUACCAUAGUCCGGCAGCCCAGCUCGCGCGGACCGGGCGGCGCCAGGACAUCAACACGUACCGGGCCACUCAGGCAGUUACUGCCACAGGAAUAUCUCGACGAUCAGCUUGCAGCGCACGAAAGAGGAUCGCAUGACCAGAGCUACAACUUGCAGGCUGUCAGCGAGAUUGGUUCUAACUCGCCAGGCAUGGACUCUGGGGUUGUCGGUGCAGAUGUCCGGUCUGUCCAUCACCAUCACCAGAGGUCACUCUCGUCAUCGAGCCUUGUGAAUCAUCAGCAGCAAUUUGCCUUCAGCAGCCCGGCCCGGGCAGAAGACAUGCUCCCGGUCAGUACGCGUCGCACAGAGCUUUCUGGCGUCCAUCAGAUCCACCAUUUGGCGGAUCCGCUGGAUGAGCGUACGUCGAAUCCCUUCGUCGACUCGCCCGAGUAUCCGAAUAGCCCCUCGUUUAGCCACCAGGCCGAGGAGGAAGACAUCCGUAUGUCCGAGACACCGCCACCCGGGGACAACGAAAGCUUGAAGGGCGACUCGGAAUACUACCGCCAUGGAUCGUUCGACGAGUACCCGGGCGACUACUCGCGGGGCAGAGUGUUCAGGCAGGAUAUGCCGCCGCAUGCCUACGAUAUUGACCAACACAUUCAUCAUGGGUCGCGGUCGAGCACGUCGCCGGAGGGCACCGAGUCUGAGAUGAACCGGAAGGAGGGCGUAACAAUGCCUGCAAAGUCCGCAGUUCUCUAUCAUGCCGGGUAUAACUCGGGGCGCGGCGCCGUUUGGCGGUUCUUUCGCGUUGUCGAGGCGCGUGUCUCUGGAAAUACGGACCGCGCCGAGUGUUUGCUCUGCAAAAAGCGCAUGCUGGGAAAGUCAGCGGACAUGAAAAAACACAUUGUCAUUGGGUGCCCAAAUCGCCGCGACAUCUCGGACGACAUGCGGCCGAUCUUGAGAUCGUCAAGGCUGAGCUGGACAACCCAAAGAAGCGUGCCAAGCGUAACUCAAAUACUCCAAUUGUUAUGCGCCCUGACGGUACCUUUGGUCCUGAGAUCUCAGCGUACAACUCUUCUUACUCUGAUAUCUCGCCUAUUCCAUCGACCAUGCAGGUGGCGUCGAGCAGCCAGCAGCCGCACAACAGGAUGCCGGCGUACGCCCGGCCUUACGAGUACCCUAGCGAACCACAUAGAUCAGCCAAGAUGGCCAAGUACUCGAGGGGCCCGAUGCGCGGUGCAAAUGGCGGCCCGCACGUGGACAGCCCUGGUAUGGGUCAGGGCGGUCCUGGUGCCGGGCCAGAGCGCGCCAUGCACUAUAGCCCGCUGAUGCACAGUCACCAGCACUCGGCCAUGCCCGUUCCGGCUCAGCAGGCUCAGCACCCUCGCUCGCAGUCGGGCAACCCCCCUAUGCCUAUGCGGAUGAGGUCGCCGGAGCAGGCUGCAAGUUAUGGGCCCCGCCACGCAGGGGCACCUAACACGCCGCACCUGCAGCUUCCGAUGCCGUCCCAUCAGGGGAUACAACAGGGUGGGUUGGCACCGCACCAGUCCCAGUCCCAGUCCCAGUC